AUGAAAAUCGCGUGGUGUUUAUUAGCGUGGUUACUGGUAGUUGUACUUGCUGGCACUUCAAACGCCUGGGAUUGCUACGAAACAUGGAGUCGAUGUACAGGCUGGUCCUCACCUGCAACAGGCAUUCUUUGGCAAAGUUGUCCAUCGUACUGCCAAGGUUGCAGGAAUGCGGCAACUGGAAGAUGUGUUCGAGUAGGCACUACAACAUGCAAUGGAAAACCAGUUGAAGCCUAUCAAUGUCAAUGCUCAGGAAGCUGGGCAGGUUCCAACAAACCGAUGUGCAUUCCAGGCGGACUCGGCUAA